GGAAAACAAUUACUACGACAAAUCCGUUGCUUCGGUUUCUAAAUCAGCGACUAGAGGUAAGCAAUUAUGUCUACUCUUCAUUUCAUAUAUUUUGUCCUCCGGGAAUCCCUUCUUGCCUCGGUGGAUUUCGGAGCUCCAGCAACUCUAUGUACUAUACUUCGGCCCUACGGGUCCCCGUCUGCCGAAGUGGUUAUUUACUUAUAUCUACCACGGCCCACCAUUCCUGUAGCUUGAAGCGCUUUGCUAAAAAGAUUUCAUCUACAGUGCUACGCAUCUAGCAUCUAUUCUCCAUUUGACCCAUCAGAGGAGCCUUUCUCAAAUUAAACCGCAGCAUAUCAUCAACAACACCCACCACCACCGCCACUACUACUACUACUACUACUACUACUACUACUACUUAUACCCUCAUCCGCAAUCCUGACAACCUCCAUCAAUACCACCCACAACAGCAAAGGCAUCAAUUCCCAAGCCAAAAUGACCAAUACAUCCCCGCAACGUCACCGGCCCACCCUCAUCACCCCCUCCUGUUCCUCCACCUUUCCGCAGGACAUCUCCGCCGCCAUCCUUUCCGCCGCCAACCACAUCCCCAAAUCCAUUGCCGUCGGGUCCGCACCCCGAACGACGGGUGGAGCAGCUACAGCAGCAGCAACACCCACGACGUCGACGAGUACGGGGCUAUUGGAGGUUCCCAUGCCCCCUCCCCCGCCUCCUCCGUCCCCCGUCGAGACCAGAGCGCUAUGGGGUCGAUGAUUUUAUCUAGCUUCGGCUCCCUCUUGAGUCUGGCGAGGCUUUGAUCUGUGACUCCCAUGUUCUUGGCUGCUCAGUUGGGGACUCUGUGUUGUAAUCGUGUGGUGUUCUCCCGUCCUUCUCAUAGGUUGCGCAUUAAUCUUUCCUUCUUUUCCUUUCUCUUUUUCGUUUCUCUGGUGUCGGUGGGUCAAAAUCUGUUCUAAUCGGCGUGCUACUAUAAUGGGGAUUUUCCAACUGGGGCUAUGUUUUUUGGGGGUUCUUGAAUUUGGUUCAGUUCUUGUCGAGUACACUCCAUAUAAUUGGAGGUAUGUGUAUAUUAUGAGAUCGGGGUCUAAGACAUAUGAAUGCGAUAGUUGUGGAAAC